AUGGAAGAAGAGGAGGUUCCAGACAAUGCACUGGCCCCCAAGAAUCACACAUCGAAGGGUCUGAAGACCUGCCAGCGUCUCCCUAUAAAAGUCACCCUGGAGAAUCGGGGAAGGGGGGGGCGGCCCCCAGGGAAUCCCACCACAGGAAGGCUCAGCCCAGAGGCUGAGUCUGGGGCAGAUUUCUGUGGGAAGUUCGCUGAAUGCCGCAUGCCAGCUGCUUUCUCCCAGCUAAAAGGAUGCGGGAGCUGGACAGGCCUGGGGAUGGUGUUGGUGAAGAUAAGCGACUCAUACACCAGUUUUGUGCUUUGUUUCUCACAGACUGAGCAGUUGAUAACUCUGUGGGUCCUCUUUGUUUUCACCAUUGUUGGAAAUGCCAUCGUGCUGUUCUCUACACUGAGAAGGAAGAGGAAGUCGAGAAUGACCUUCUUUGUGACUCAGCUGGCCAUCACAGAUUCUUUCACAGGACUGGUUAACAUCUUGACAGAUAUCAUUUGGAGAUUCACUGGAGACUUCAUGGCACCUGAUCUGGUUUGCCGAGUAGUCUGCUAUUUGCAGGUUGUGCUGCUCCAUGCCUCUACCUAUGUCCUGGUGUCCCUCAGCAUAGACAGGUACCAUGCCAUCGUCUACCCCAUGAAGUUCCUGCAAGGAGAAAAGCAGGCCAAGGUCCUCAGCGUGAUUGCCUGGAGCCUCUCUUUCCUGUUCUCCAUUCCCACCCUUAUCAUAUCUGGGAAAAGGAAACUCUCCAAUGGUGAAGUGCAGUGCUGGGCCCUGUGGCCUGACGACUCCUACUGGACCCCAUACAUGACCAUCGUGGCCUUCCUGGUGUACUUCAUCCCCCUGACAAUCAUCAGUGUCAUCUAUGCCAUUGUGAUCAGAACGAUUUGGUUCAAAAGCAAAGCCCAUGAGACAGUGAUUUCCAGCUGCUCAGGGGCUAAUAGCAGUGCCUACCUCUUGGCCAAUGAUGUCUCUGUCCAUUGGGCUCUGGUUCUGACCAGUAGGAAGGAGGGCUGUGAGUGGUGGGGUAGGAAGGGAGCAAAGAUCACGGGAUUCCAGAAUGACAUGUCAGGAGAGAACUGA